AUGUUUGCUCCUGGCAAUUCAGCCAGAGCCCAGCGGCAAGUCAUCCCCGGUGACCACUUCGGCCUGGUGAUAACAAGUGGUAGAUCGGUCAGCAAGGGCAGAGAUCAGGCCAGUGAUGCGCCGCCACCUCCACCAGCUCGCUCCGCCGCGGUGGCCCGUGCACGUCGUCCAUACAAAAUUGGCCCAACCGGCACAUCUGGGACCAACCUCAUCUUUGCCCCUGCCUCGUCUAUAGUCCAUAAGGCUGUAUCUGUACCAAAGCAGUACAAGCACUACGCAAGGGACCCCGACGACAAGAUAGAGCCUUUCUCCGCUGCGGCCUCCAAGGACACUACAUCAAAAGGUAGCAGCGUGACUACUCAGCCAAUGUCGUCACAGAGAUCCAAGACAACAUCUGUUCGCCAGCCCAAAGCAGUAACUCAGACCUUAUAUCAGCAACAGCAGGAAGCCUCUCUUCUCCAUGGCAACAAGCUAGGUGCUAACUAUGCGGGGAAGAAUCAGCCCAUUGUUUACAUUAAAAGCAAACCCCCCUCUACCACAAACUCCCGCACCACAACCCCAAAGCGAGGGGCUUCUACCAGCACACGAUCAGAAAGAACAGCAUCCACCUCUGUUUCCCCAAGGGCUGUCGCGACAAAGCUCAGUCAACGCACACCAUCCAGCAAGGGCCGGGGUGUUGUCGCCGCAACCACAACGCCAGCUGAUCAAAACAGAUCACAGCUGAAGGGAAGUGCUUUUCCCCGCGAAAUUACAGCAGCAGAAGUCCUUUCCUCGCACAAAUCCGAUCUUACACCGUUUGAGCAAUCAGAGAUCCAACGGUUCGCCAAGAUAUACUACUGGGGCCAGCAGGCAAAUAAGCAAUACAACGGAGCAAUCAACCACGGAUAUGAUGAUAGCCGUGGGGACUACAUCGGAGUCAUCAAUGAUCACAUCAUGUACAGAUAUGAACUAGUCUCGAAGCUGGGGUCAGGGUCGUUUGGGAAAGUAUAUAAGGCUCUGGAUCAUAAGGAACAGCAGUUUGUCGCUCUAAAGAUUAUAAAGAACAGGAAGCGCUUCCAGAGGCAGGGCCUGGUCGAAGUAAAGAUUCUAGAGCUACUACGUGACAACGAUCCCAAUGGAGACCAAUGCUGCGUGAAGGUACUUAGCAGCUUCUACUUUCGCUCACAUCUCUGCAUAGCGUUUGAGCUGCUGUCGAUAAACCUAUAUGAAUUGCUAACUAAAAAGGAUCUUAAGGGCCUUUCUUUGUCGUUGGUCCGGAAGUUUUCUCUACAACUUUUAAUUGCAUUUGCAUACGCUCGGAAGCUGAGGAUUAUACACGCAGAUGUCAAACCCGAGAACAUUCUCUUGCGGGAACCCGACAAAAGCAGUAUCAAAGUCAUUGACUGGGGCUCGGGGGCAAUGGUGUCAGAGACAAUCUACUCCUAUAUUCAGUCCCGCUUUUAUCGAGCCCCAGAGGUUAUUCUUGGUCUUCCUUACGGUCAAGAGAUAGAUAUCUGGAGCAUUGGUUGCGUUCUCUGUGAGCUAUACACCGGGCUGCCUAUCUUCCCGGGCGAUGACGAAAGGGAUCAGCUAGGAAAGAUAUGUGAGCUGCUGGGGAUGCCACCCAAUGACAUGAUCUUCAAGAGUCCCCGUAAGAACGACUUCUUUGUUAACAUAGGAACGGGGAUGGGUGUGGCAGGGGUAUCAGAGGGUGGAAACCCCAUCUUCAGCGGCAAUCUGCAACAGCUUUCCAGUGUCAACGAAUAUCUGCAAGCAACAGGUCGAGGAGCCGGCGGCAGUGAGGUGCCAGGGAUAAGGCUCCGCACGACCCACAAGGUUAAUUCUAAAACUCUGUCUGGUGUCCUCAAUGCACCAGACGACUUCAUAUCCUUCAUCAGUCUUUUUCUUCAGUGGGACCCUCAAAGAAGGUGUACACCCGAGGUUGCUAUGUCGCAUCCGUGGAUACAAGAGGGAAUACGACAAAUUAAUGAGCGUAAUGCUCGUCCUAGUAGUACUGCAGUACGUGCGGUGGAUGCACGACCAGACUCUAGGCGCGUUGCAUCUGCCAGCCAGCGGCCGCUGCUUCCUGCACUCAGUCCAAAAAAGUAA